AUGAAUCCCGCUACGCCAGGAACGAUUCUUAUCCUGGUGGCUGCGGUUCUCCUCGCAGUCUGCACCGCCUCGGUCCCAGUCAACAAGUCCAUCUACUUCCUCUCCGUUACCGCCGCACGUCGUACGGUCACUUUCGGCUGCUUGGGCUUCUGCGUAGGCGACCAAUGCAGCGGCACGACCGUGGGCUACAAGCUCUCUGACGCUGGCUCCUUGUUCGGGAUCAACGGCAACAUCCCUUAUGCGAAUCAGCUCUCCUCCAGCGUCCUACAUGGGCUGAGCUACACACUCGUACUGCAUCCUGUAGCGUGUGGCUUGAGCGCAGUUGCCUUCCUGCUCGGAAUUUUGCAGCAUUGCACCGGAUUCGCGACAGCCUUCCUCACAAGCAUGGUGGCCGGUUUCGCAACGACGGUCACGCUCAUCGCCCUCGCGUUGGACUUCGCUCUUUUCACCAUCGCAAAGAAGCGCGUAGAGAGCGAUGGUGGCACAGCGAGCUAUGGUACAGCCAUCUGGCUCACACUAGCGGCCUUCAUCGUGCUGGUCGUAGCACAAUGCGCCGUCUGUUGCUCGUGCUGUGCCGGGCGA